AUGGCCGGCGGAGUUACCGUUCGCGAUGUCGAUGCGCAGAAGUUCAUCACUGCCUACUCUGCUUUCUUGAAGCGUCAGGGCAAGCUCCCCAUCCCCGGUUGGGUCGAUACCGUCAAGACUGGUCCUGCUAAGGAGCUCCCUCCCCAGGACAUUGACUGGUUCUACGUCCGUGCCGCCUCCAUCGCCCGCCACGUCUACCUCCGCAAGACCGUCGGUGUUGGCCGUCUCCGCAAGGUCCACGGCACUGCCAAGAACCGUGGCAGCCGUCCCUCCAAGCACGUCGAUGCCUCCGGCUCCGUUGACCGAAAGGUCAUGCAGGCUCUUGAGAAGAUCGGUGUCCUUGAGCAGGACGAGGACAAGGGUGGCCGCCGCAUCACUCAGGCCGGACAGCGUGAUUUGGACCGAAUUGCCCAGACCACCGCUGAGGCCGAGGAGGAGGAGGAUGACGAGUAA